ACCCCCCUCUCUUUCGCCCACACUUUUCUCACUCCCAGCUCAGUGUUCAGCUUGCUCUUGGGAGCUUCUCUUUCUUGCUGUGAUUUGUAGGAAAUGGAAGGCAAAGGGUCGACUCUGGUUCAUCUUCUAGUUGUGGUUUUGUGUUUAGUGGCUUUUGGGUUCUCCAUUGCUGCCGAGAGACGAAGAAGUGUGGGGACUCUGUUUGAAGAUAAGCAAAGGAAUGCGACGUACUGUGUCUACGAAUCAGAUGUUGCAACCGGUUAUGGUGUAGGGGCUUUCUUAUUUCUUCUCUCUGGUGAAGCAUUGCUGAUGGGUGUCACAAAAUGCAUGUGUUUUGGGAGACCUUUAACCCCAGGAGGAAACAGGGCAUGGACCAUUAUAUACUUUCUCUCCUCAGGGGCAACAUUUUUAGUAGCGGAAGCUUGUUUAAUUGCUGGUGCAACAAAAAAUGCAUACCAUACCAAGUAUCGAGGAAUGAUAUACGCUCAGAACUUACCAUGUGAAACAUUGAGGAAAGGAGUGUUCAUUGCUGGCGCUGUGUUUGUGGUUGCAACCAUGAUUCUUAAUGUGUAUUAUUACAUGUACUUCACCAAGGCGACAUCUUCUCAAGCAUCUCACAAAGCAAAUCGUUCGAGCUCAACGGUCGGGAUGACUGGGUAUGCAUAAAUUCAAUUCAAAUGGGAUGGGCUCUGAUUAAAGCUUCUAUCUUGGCCAUCAAUGGUGGGUAGGUGAUAUGUUGAAGAUUAUUGAAUGUUAUAUAAAGUUGCACAAUCACUUGUUGUGGUUAAGAUGUAUAAACAAGUCAUGAAAGAAAGAACAGAAAAUGCUUUGCUAAAAAAUUUUGAAGCAAUGCUCAAGUGGUUUGAAAUGUUGGGUUAUGUCUCUCUCUAUAGUUGGAAACUGAAAAUUUGAAGGGUAUAUUAAUUUAUAAAUUAUAUGGUGCUUUUGAAGCA